AUGACCGAGGUAAACGCGCCUGCCGUUGACAAUAUGCGCCGUCUAUCCGACCAAAUCCCGGCAGAGUGUCUUUGUGACAUCUUCCGCUCCCUUGUCGCCGAUGGUUACAGCGACAGUCUCCUCGCGGCCACACACGUCUGCCGCUUCUGGCGGUACGUCGCGCUGGGCGACGCCACCCUCUGGCGAAGGCCGUCCAAUUGUAACCCUUGCCUACUUGAGGAAAUGCUUCCAAGAAGCAAGAACUACACACUGGAUCUUGUCAUAGACCAGCGGUACAGCCCGGAAGGGCUGAACCCUUCUCCGCCCGACAACCCUAUAGCGGAUCCUCAGCUGGGCCUACUCUGGUCGGGUGCUGUCAUGGUCAAGCUGGGAAAUAUCCGCCGUGCCCGCUCUCUCGUCAUCGACGCCAACGCCGAUGCGAUAAUCAAGCUCGCCGCGUUAGCCGA